AUGGGGAGAUACGAUCUCGCUUCAUCUCAGGUGGUGGAGAGGGUCGAGUACCUCCUCGCGCUCCACCCGCCCGAGGACCACGCCGACCAGCUCGCGUCCGCACACGCACACGCCCCGCCGCUCGCCGCGCUGCACGCCGCGCCCGAGGGGGCCGGAGGCACGCGCGCCGCCGCCGCCGCCGCCGCCGCGCCGGCGUUCGGGGGCGAGGCGCUGCGCAUGUCGUACACGCUGCGUGAGGCGCGCUGGCGGCGGGGCGAGCCGGUGGUGGUUGGGUCGCUCGACCGCGAGUUUGAGCUGCCGUGGGGCCCGCACGGCUUCCUGGAGCGGUUCGGCGCGGAGCAGGUCAACAUGAUUGACUGCCGCGACGGCAAGUCGGUGCACUGGCUGACGCUGGCGCACUUCUUCGCCGGCUACACCAAGCCGUGGACGCGCGCAAAGUGCCCCGACACCUUUCGCCGCAUGAUGCUCAAGCUCAAGGACUGGCCCCCAAACACCGACUUCCGCGACAAGAUGCCAGAGUACUUUGACGACCUGAUGGAGGCGCUCCCCUUCCCGCAGUACACGCACCGCGACGGGGUGCUCAACCUCGCGCGCCACUUCCCGCCCGACUGCGUGCCGCCCGACCUCGGCCCGAAGAUGUACAACGGCUUUGGGCAGAAGCACGCGUGGCGGGGGAUGGACCCGGCCGUCGCCAAGGGCGGGCACACGAACCUGCACUGCGACGUCUCGGACGCGGUCAACGUGAUGGCGAGCUUGGCCGACGCCGAGUUGGGCAGCCUCUCCUGCCAGCACGGCGCCGUCGGGGGCAUCUUCCGCUGGCGGGGCUGUGCCAUCUGGGACAUCUACCGCUGGCAGGACACCGAGGCGAUCCUGCAGCUGCUGCACGCGGUGGCGCGCGAGCGCGACGUCGAGAUCACGAGCAACCCGAUCCACGACCAGCUCUUCUACCUCGACGACACGCUGCGCAAGCGGCUGCGAGACCAGUACAAGGUGCGCGGCUGGCGCUUCGUGCAGCGACGCGGAGACGCCGUCUUCAUCCCGGCGGGCUGCCCGCACCAAGUGCGCAACCUCUCGUCGUGCGUCAAGGUGGCGCUCGACUUUGUGUCGCCCGAGAAUGCGCACCGGUGCGUCCACCUGACGGACGAGUUUGCAAAGCUGCCGCGCGGCCACCACCUCUCCGAGGACAAGCUGCAGGUCAAGACGAUGCUGCUGCACACGAUGAAGCACCUCACCGAGGCGCUCAUGCCGCGCAGGCAGCCGGCGGAGGCGGAGGGGGCGGAGGGGGGCGAGGCGGGGGAGGGGGGAGAAGGAGCACCGCUCGCGCCGCCGCCGGGCGCUAGCAACGGCACGUAG